AGCCGGCAGGAACAGAUGGUCUCUCUGGGCGAUGAUCAAACCUUUUCAGCCGCUGGUAACGGAGAGCAGAAAAGCUUUUUUUGAGUUUGAGCACCGAAGCCGCUGGUUUCCCCCGGGGCGCACAUUCAGACUUCACGCAGGCACGUCGUGAGACGGCAGUUUGUCGGGCAAUUCAAAAUACAAUAGGGUGCCGUUUAUUGGGAUUUUUUUAAACUCUCCUUCAAGUUGUUUUGUUCGCUUUGUUUCCCCACAACUUUCUAGUAUCUGUAACGUUUCCAUGCAGGCAACUCGAGUGCCCACCGCCUCUAAAAAGCAAAAAGCUUGUGAUUGAGAAGAUUGUAAAGAAAAUUUGAAUUUUUUAUUUUUUUUUUAAACCGGCACAUUUGAGAGAAAUGAACUCGAUCACUGACGGGGACAUUUCCUGAGAAAACUUUUGGAUUUCCUUUGGGAAACAUCUGAAAAUAAUUUAAAACGGUCAGUGCUGUCCAGGAUGAUGAGGAGAGUGCUCUGAUCUCCCCCCCCCCCCUGCUUGACCAGCGACCCCUCCAGCCAUGACCUCAGAGCCCCUGCAGAUUGACCUGGGGGUCGCGGGCGAGGGGGUGACAGAGCUGGACGUGUGUGCGCUGGAGAUCCAGAGGGACUAUGAGGUUAUCCCUGCCAUCAUCUACACCAUGUGCUGCCUCUUCGGAGUCAUCUACUGCUUCUUCGGGUACCGCUGCUUCAAAGCCAUCAUGUUCCUAUCGGGUCUCCUGUUCGGCUCCAUCAUCAUCUUCCUGCUGUGCCACAAGGAGCGGGUUCUGGACACGGAGCUGAGCGUGGAGGUCAGCGCUGGCAUCGGCCUGGCCAUCGGGCUGCUGUGCGGCCUGGUCACCAUGCUGGUGCGCAGCGUGGGGCUCUUCAUGACCGGCCUGCUGCUGGGGUUGCUGCUCGCCGCUGCCGCCCUGGUGGCCAUGGAGCAGGUGUACAGCCCUGGCACGGUGUGGGUGCCGGUGGGCAUGCUGAUGGGAGCGGGCAUGCUGUUCGCAGUGCUCACCCUGCAGUGGCAGAAACUCUUCACGGUGCUCUCCACCUCUGUGUUCGGAGCUGCCAUCAUGGCGGUGUGCGUGGAUUACUUCGUCGAGAUGCUGGUGCUCGUGCAGUUUGUGUAUGAUCGCGUGCGCCUCGCCCCCUCCCCGCCGCUCUGCUGGUACAGCUGGGUCAUCAUGGCAGUGUGGCCAGCGCUCAGCAUUCUGGGAAUCGUAGUUCAGUGGAAGCUGACGGCUGAAGGAUUCUCCCAUACUGAAGUGAUCAUCUCCCGUCGUCAGAAGAGAAUUCAGCUCAUGAGGAUCCGACAGAAAGAUGCCAAGAAGCACCAGCUGGGCCCUGUGCCGGAGGCGACCUACCGCAGGAAAUCCUACCCAGUGAAGAGAUACACUGGGGACGUGCUGGCCCCUAGUUACCUCCAGAGCCUGAGGGAUCGGCAGAUGGGCACGGGCACCUCCCUGAGCAGCCUGAGCACCCACACCCACACCAUGGUGGACCUGGACUACGACUGCGGCUCCACCGUGCCUCUCACUGCCACCACGCCCGCGGUGCGGGUCUGAGCCCAGCUGCCAGCCUGCCGCACGCCACGCCAUCAACAGACACAAAGCUCCAUGCACAAUCCUCCGCUAAUCUCCCCGAUAAACCACAAACCCGACGAGCCCCCUCUCUGGAAACGCCUUCUCUGUCAUUCUUUUAUUGUGUGUUCUCAGCCCUCCACCCCAGUGCAGCAGCAGCAGCGUCUGCCCCUCACAUCGCUGUGCAGCUGUGAGGCUGGCAGGAUCAGCUAGCUCGGCUGUCUUUCCUUGGGUUCUGCCUGGAGAAUCUGUUACUUGAACUCGAGGGGUAUCGAAACAGAAAGAGGCAGUUCAGCCAGUCAAGCUCAAGCCUCGAUUGCUUAACCCCAGGGCUGUUUUCAGCUGGGAAACUACACCACUUCUGUAUUCCUCUCCAUAUAAAUGUGCCACCUCGUUAGCAUGCUGAACAGCUGGGAUUACUCUCCACUCUAGUCAUCCGUUCUAGCUGAUCAGGAGGUCAAGGUCCGAUUGGAAUCCCUUUGGAUUGCUCCUGUCUGCUCUAGUUUCGAGCGGUCUUAUUCAGCUCCUCUUAAUUAACAAAUGACUGCCCUUCUGCAGAGAACUGCUCCCCCUUGUGGAAACAAAGUAGAUUGCACUCAAAAUAAGAACCAGCAAUCCUGGGCAAUAAACUGGCAGGAGACAGUUAUUUGACGACAUUUUGGCGUACAAGUUUCAAAUGCAUUUAAUUUAAUUGUCAAUGUAGACAACAGGUGGCGGCUGAAGCUUGCAAAGACGUUGAUGACUGUGAUCGUUGAGUAGACCAGCAUGUUGUCAUGGUAACUGGUUAAGUGGUUGUUAAGAUUUACAAUGAGUUUUGCCUUCAUCAAGAACAUUUUCUAAAACAAGAUCAAGUGGAUAAGAGUGAACACUCCAAGGACAACGAAGAGACUGUUUCAACUUUUUUUUUUUGUAAUUUUAAAUGAACUAAUAAAUAGUUUAAACUAUUCUGAGGCCUGGGCCUAGCUUGAUACCUAGCAACAAUUCCUACAGUGACUGCCAACUGUCCUGGCUUUUGCCACACACAGUCGCAAUUACAGCUUGUCUCCACGGCAACAUGGCUUAGUCUGGUUGCCAUAGGAAUGUUUGUUUUAGACAAACUUGGCCUCGCAGUGACCAUCUUGUUCCAGAGAAUCUACUGUGUGAUUGUGUCCAGGAAUCUGGUUGCCAUAUGGACAGCAGGUUUGCCUUGUGCUUUCCUCGAACAAACGUUUUGUUUUUGUUUUGUUUUGUUUUUUUUUCUCGUCUCCUGAGUGGCCUUGUUGACCUGCUGUUGAAGCCGAAGAAGGAAGGGUUUUAGAAACCUCACCAUGGAAACACAGUCAGUGCCUUAGCAACAGUUAAAAACCACUGCUUGGUGAUGUCAGUCAGUGGCGUCAUGCUACUUCAGAGAGUCUUCAGGGAUUUGAAUCAUUUUUCAGACUUGACAAACUGUGUGCCAUUCCAAGGACUCCCCUCCAGGUCUUAUAAUUGUGGGCUUACAUUAAGAACAGUACAAGAGCUCCACUCCCCCCAGUUCUACCAGUUAUAUAUAGCAUUGCCUGAACAGCAGCCCUGUUGCAGGGGAAGGUCUGCAUUAAGACCCAGCCUUGUCUUGUGGUUAGUUUAGCACAGCAUGCUGGGAUAGCUGAAGAGGCGCUUUGUAAAACAGGAGUUAGUGCUGAGCUGAGGGGACUAAAACCUUUAUCACUAGAGGCGUCAUGGUACACUAAUGUCGCGAUACGCAUCACGACACGCGCGGGCUACUUGUGUGAUGCAUGGUGUCAUGAAAUUAUUAAAUAAUGGACCAUUUUGUUAAGACAAAAAUGAAAUGAGAUAGGGCCGGCUAUGAAACCCACUUCUUCUUCAUUGAUAAGCCCCUUGAUGCUCUGCAGUGAGCUGUGUUGUGUUUGCAGUCCAUUUCACAGCACGCAGAGUCACCCCAGCCUCUCGGAGGGUUAUUUGCAUCCCUGGUGUUUACAACUGAAGCACUUUAGUUUGGGGUCGGUUUUGUUUUUGGUGCGGAAGCCAGCGAUGUUUAAAGUGUCAGGUGUUUGAAGCUCACCCCACAAAGAGCGCCUUCCGAAGCAGUGAGUCCAGGGUUGUGAUUCCCCAGUCAGUGAUGUCAGUAACGCUUUGCAAUGUAGUUUAGAUUGGUUUGUCUGGGCCCCAUUUGGCAGAGGUCCUGCAAUGAUGUCAUUGAAUUGGCUCACCCUGCACCCGGGCAGUCUGCCUUAGACCUGUUACUGAAAGAGUCAGUUCAGAGACCUGUUACCCCAAUCCGCUCCGUGCUGAAUAAGGAGACAGUGUCUCGGGUCAGACCUGUUCUCCCCGCUGUGAGAGGGAUCAGUGGAGGCACUUGCACGUACAGAUUUCUCCCUGUAUCUGAUAGCCAGCUUGGUAUUAACAUCAUCUUAAGAUUGUGAGGAUACGGGGUGGGGGGGGUCUGUCUGUCACACUUGCCUGUUUGUAUCUGGUGAAGCGCUUAUCCGAUCAUGAGGUGUGGUGACAGUGAUUCCAGACUGCGCUGUGCUUGCUGCUUUUCAGCAUCCUGAUGGCUUUGAUUUUGAAUAGACAGCCGAGGCGGAGGAUGGAUGUUUCUGACAUGCUUGUUAUGUAACAUACAAACAUAGCCAUGGCACCUUGAAAUACAAACAUCCAUUCCCAAGAAGACACAACCCUUGGCCUGUGUUUGUCUAAUGAAUGAAAGGACACAGACCAAAGGUAGAUUCUGAUACCCUGAAGAACUGGGUAGUGCCUCCCAAGCUUCAUCACAAUCAGAAAAGCAGCUCUCAAUAUGAAAAAUGUAACCGAGUAGAUCAGUCUCUGUAAAGGACUUGGGCAAACAGGUGAAUCAGCUUGGGAGACAGAGGGCAGCAUAACUCGGUGCCCCCUCUGCUGGUCACAAAGAGAAGCACACUCUUGUCAAGUGCCUGUCCUGGAACGUCAGAGCAGCUGGUUCCUGUCUCCGCUGCUCUGAUUUCAGUAGAAAGACUUGCUGUUUUAUUAUUAUUAGAUCUGCUGAAAUCUCAGAGGCUGCUGCAAAGCAUCAGUGAUUUACACAGGAGCCUCAAUGCUGUGAUGUCUUUUGUACUCUUGUUACGCGCUUGAUCACACCCAGCUACCAUUUAAGAGUUAAAUGAUAAGAGUUGAUUAGUUAAGUACAUUUGAUAGUUUCCUUCUGAGUUGUUUUUUCCUGUAAAUGUAAGGUAAUAGGACUCCUAGUGCUUAGCAGUGUGAGCCAUUCCAGGUUUCCCUGUGAUCUUAAAGAUUAAAAUGUAAUAAUUGUUUUUUUUUUUUUUUUUCGAGUGGUUGUAGACUCUAGACCCGGUAUUGCGUUCUGAUCGUUUUCCAGAUCUGUCUCUGAGCUUGCCUGGAAAACUGCCCAGCUUUGAACAGGCUUCCUCUUUCCAUGCAGAUGAUGAGACUGAAUGCCCUUUCACCUUGACCUGCUGGCGCUCUGCAGAGUUAGCUGGUCCAGCUGAGUUGAAAGGUCACCUGAAGUAAGUGGAAUGUCUGCUCAGUGCCAGGCCGAGUUAAAGACAGAUGUAGAGAAAAAUGAGAACUGAAUACUGGGGAACCCAGAGCCAGUCAGAGUGAUAGCAAAACAUUUUCCAUUUGUAACAGAAGGAAAUGAUUCACUGGAUUAUGUGAGAGUGGAAGGCUGCUGUUUUCCUACGUUGAAAAAGCACCAGGAAUAGAUUAUUUGAGCCGCUUUGUUUAACUCUCAGCUAAAAAGCAGUGGCAGUCUUAUAACAUGAAGUGUUUGUCCUCUUAAAUCUGUGAAUACUCUAAUCCAGUCUGAACUAACUGCACUUUUAAAGAAAUGAUUACACUUCCAGAAAUGUGUUUUUCUUUACAAGAUAAAGUUGUAUAAAUGUAUAUCCUUGUGUGUAAAACAAAACCCCUUCAUUCUAACCGGACACUCUCUCCAUUACUCUAACUUAGUUAUUUGUGUAAAAAAAGAAAAUGAAUGGUUUGCCUUGUUAUUAAAACUGUAUAAAAUAGUUUAUGCCAUGUUUUGACUGGCUGCAGUCAACUAGACUCGAGUGUCCUUAUCGGUAUGUUUAUAAGAAAAUAAAUUAUAUGGAACUGUAA